UGAUGCACCUAAGGUGGUUGUGACUGAUCAGGACGCUGCAAUGAAAAUUGCCAUCCGAGAUGUUUUCCCAGAUACCAGACAUCGUUUGUGUAUGUGGCAUAUAAUGAUCAAAGUUUCUGAAAAGGUUGGUACUGAGCUAUCACAAGAUGAGGUUUUUAAAGAAGAUAUAUGUGAUGUUGUAUGGACUGAUGCUCUUGAACCAGCACAGUUUGAGACACAAUGGUGUGAUUUAAUGAUUAAGUACAACCUUACUAGUAACAGCUGGCUGUCUGAUAUGUACAACCUCAGAUCAGAUUGGAUUCCUGCAUACUAUCGUCAUGAACAUAUGUCCGGUCUUAUGCGUACAACAUCUAGGUCUGAGAGUGAAAAUCAUUUUUUUGGUCAAUUAACCAACACAAAAUUGUCAUUAGUUGAGUUUUUGAGCCAUUUUGAUACUGCAAUGGAAUCUCAGAGGUUUAAGCGCAGCAAACGUGAUCAUGAUACCAGAUACACACAACCUCGCAUGAAAACCAAUUAUGAAUUGGAACUGGAAGCUGCAAAGAUUUAUACUCGGGGGAUAUUUUUUGAUGUUCAAGAAGAAAUUCGACUUGCUUGCAAGAAUUGUAUGUGCAGGCGUGAAGAAGAAGUUGGUGAUUCAAUUAAGUUUUAUAUUCUACAGGUCAAUCUUCCUGGCCUUCAUGAGGUUCUUUUUACUCCUAAGGAUAUGGUAAUUAAAUGCAGCUGCAACCGAUAUGAGCAGUAUGGUUUGCUAUGUAGGCAUGCCUUUUGUGUUCUUCGUCUUUGUGGUAUAAAGGAGUUCCCUAAAAAAUAUGUUAUGGGGCGUUGGACAAGAGAUGUUGUUCCAAAAAAGACAAAAGUUUCGAGUUUUGAUCAAAAUGCUGCUGGUAAUCAAGUUGAACGUGCUUCCAGCAUUGUGCGUGAGAUAAUGGCUGCAACUGAACAUAUUGUUAACCGUCUUGUUACAAAUAUUGACCUGUUAUCGUUGUAUAGAGACCAAGUGAUCGAGUCGAAGUUGAAGGUUGAUUCUGCUGACCUUCCUGCAGAAUCACUUGACAAGAAUGCAAGAUUAGCUAAUAUUCUUCAUGCUGAUCAGCCAUGUUCAUCGUCUUCUGCUACCAUUCUUCCACCUAGUAGUAUUAGAAACAAGGGGUGUGGUUCAAACAAACGCUUAAAGUCUUUUCGUGAGGUAUCAUCUUCAAGAAUAUCAAAGAAAACUAAAACUAGAGGUUGUUUGAUAUGUGGAGGUCAUGGACAUAAUAGUCGGACUUGUAAGAUGAAGACUACUGUUGCUGAUUCCCAGAAGAGCAGUUAG